AUGGCCAACCCCCGUGUCGAGGAGCUUCCGGACGACGAGCCGACCAACGUCAAGGUCGAGGAGCAGGAUGAGGACAGCAGCGAUGCGGAGUCCGACAUUGAGGUCAACGCCCCCUCGGGCUCGACCACGGUCAUCCACUCGCGCAACGAGAAGAAGGCCCGCAAGCUGCUGGAGAAGCAGAACCUGGUCCGCGUUGAGGGCAUCACCCGCGUGACCCUGCGCCGCCCCAAGAACGUACGUCGAGGUCGAAGAGAAGGAGAAACAAACACAGAGAGAGAGGGAAAGAGAAAGAGAGACAAAGGACAUGGAAGAGAACAACAACUAACUGGUCAGGUUCUGUUCGUCAUCAACAACCCCGAGGUCUACCGCUCGCCCAGCUCUGGCUGCUACAUCGUCUUCGGUGAGGCCAAGGUCGAGGACCUGAACGCCUCGGCCCAGCAGGCGGCUGCCCAGCAGCUGGCCAGCCACGACCACGACCACGCCGGCCACGACCAUGAUCACGACCACGAUCAUGACCACGACCACGGCGCCGAGGAGGGCGCCAAGAAGGAGGAAGAGGACGAUGACGACGAGGAGGUCGACGCGACCGGCAUUGAGGACAAGGACAUUGAGCUCGUCCAGACCCAGGCCGGCGUGUCGCGCAAGAAGGCCAUCAAGGCGCUGAAAGAAAACGACAACGACAUUGUCAAUUCGAUCAUGUCGCUGAGCGUGUAA